CUUAGCUUACGCCAUCUUACACACAAGAAAGAAGAAGGUAUAUUGUUAAAGUCUCGCGUACGCUUCGAAAGAGUUUCAGUUGACUAGCGCGAGUGUCAGGAGAGGUUUGGUUAAAGAAGGUUCGAGUGGUUGACGCUGCAAGGAUGGGCUGCCUGGACUUUUGCGCAUCCUUCUGGAAGAAAGUGAAAGCCAUCUUCAGCAAAUAUCUGGCUUCCUCCCCGGACAUCUCGUGCAACGGACUGGUGCUCAAACUACACUACCGAUGCUCAUGUCUAGUCAUGUUCUUCGCGUUUCUCCCCGUUUGCUGGUCAUGGUUCUCCCGUGAUGUCAUAACUUGCACGUCACUCUUCAACGCCGAGACACAAGUGCGACUCGACUACCUCAACAUCUGCCUCUCGUACCCCUUCGUGGAGGAGGAGGGUGGAGAGAGACGCUACAUCCUCUUCUACAGGUGGAUUUGGUGGUCGCUUGCCUUCUUGGUUGUAGUGUUCUACAUCCCCAGGAUUUUGUGCAGGAUCUUCGACAACGGCCAGUGCAGCAGUCUCCUGAAGGAACUCUCGAUCAAGGCCCGCUGCCACAAGGAGCAAUGGCACGAGCUGGAGGAGACAGCGGCCCAGUACCUGCGCGUGAACCUCAACACCCACAACGGCCUCUACUGGAAAUUCCUGUCGGCAAAUCUGCUGGCGCUCCUUAUCGACUGCUUCGCCAUAGGGUUCCUGGACAUCGUCCUGCAGGGCCGCUUCAGCCAGUACGGUCACCGGGGCUUCCCUUACGAGAGGAACGCCACGAGCUUUACCGACGACUUCUCCCAGACGUUCCCGCCCUUCGUGUCAUGCGAGCUGAGUAGUGAGCACGCACUGGUCAAUCGACGAGUUGAGAGAUACGGGUGCCACUUGACCCUUAUGGAGCUAUACGACAAGCUGUUCCUGUUCCUUUGGUACUGGCUCGUUUUCCUCGCCGUCGUCGCCAGCUGCUACCUCGUGUUCCUCUUCGUGAUGUGGCUGCCGUUCGUGCGCGAGCGCUUACUCCGCCCAGCCAAGCCCGCCAUCGCCGAGGAAAACGUUGGGGUGGUGGUCGCUGGGGCGCUGAGCAAGUGCAAGCUCGGGGACGUGUAUGUCCUCUACCGGAUCAAGAGCCGCGUCAGCCACGCCCAGUUCUUGUACCUCUUGAAGCGGCUCUCCGAACCCAAUUUCCUCAAGGAUGACGCCGCUUAGAGGCUCUUUCCAACUCCGGAAUCAGAAUCCUGGUGCUCUUCUUCUCGUCUUGUUAUUUGUUACCAUAUUUCUUUGUACUCGAGAAUAUUGCUUAGAGUAAA